UUACAUCAUCGCAGAGAGUUCACACAUACUUCCUUGUUUCAGUUCUUGUAAAGCAGACUGAAAAAGUACACAACAAAAUCAUGGAUAUGGACUUCCAGAAAUCUUCUUCAUCGUCAAAAGAAGAUCAAAUGGAGAUGAUGGUAAUGAAUAUGAUGAUGCAGAUGGACAAGUUUCCAGAAUUUUGUGGACCCUAUGGAGAAGACGAGAUGCCUGAUAUGACCGGGCUUCAUCACGACUUCUCUACUGGUAGCACAAUUUUUGAUGCCCAUCAACAUGCUUCUCAUUCAUCAAUUGAUCAUCCUUCUUCUUUGGUUUCAUUUAUGGGAAGCAGUUCCAUUCAGGAACCAAAUGCAUCACAAUCACUUGUAUCGAAUAAUUCGGAUAGAUUCAGAGGCAGUUUUAACGGAGAAUUACUAUCUGGUGCAUCUUCUUCUUCGGAGAAACGUAAUUCAAUGGCGGCAAUGAGAGAAAUGAUAUUUAGAAUAGCUGCCAUGCAGCCAAUUCAUAUAGACCCAGAAUCCGUAAAACCGCCAAAGAGAAGAAACGUGAAGAUAUCGAAAGAUCCUCAGAGUGUAGCUGCAAGACAUAGAAGAGAAAGAAUAAGCGAAAGAAUAAGGAUACUACAAAGACUGGUACCAGGCGGUACAAAAAUGGAUACAGCUUCAAUGUUAGACGAAGCAAUUCAUUAUGUUAAAUUCUUGAAAACUCAAGUUCAAUCACUCGAACGAGCUGCCGUGAAUAAUCGUCAAAUGGGUUUAGGGUUCCCGACUACGGAUAUUUCCAAUGCAAGUAAUAAUAAUUAUGGUUCGUUGGGGAAAUCUAACUGCCAGAGUGGGAAUGCAGCUAAAACGUUUAGCUCCUCCCACCAGAUGCAUGCUUAA